GGACAAUCAGUUGACGUUGAAUGUUUCGUCUUGGCGGUCGCUUAAUUUAAUUCGCUGACGAACGAUCCGAGCAAUCAUCGAUCGCCGGAGUUACAUCUUUUUGAUAUAUUCGAUUUGAAUAUUUUUUAAAUAAAUAUAUUGCAUAGAGAUAUAUUCAUUUUUUUCUGGUGUUCUUGAGUUUGCAUCCUUUGUUCAUUGUUCAGUGUGUGUGUGUGUGAUUAUGUGCCAGAGAACUGCUGGAAAUUAGUAGUCAUUUAUACGUGAGGCAAUCAAGGAUCCUGGCUCAAGGAUGUCGCUGGCCAUUUGGACCCUGAUCUUGGCUGGCAUUGUGGCCUGCAAUGGGGUGGUGCAGCCCACCUGCAAUCUGAAGGACAACUGCAAUUUGGGCGACAACCUGCUGGGCGGAGCAAGUGCCGCCACCGAAUCCGGCGAUGUAACCGCCGAUAAAUUGGAGAGCAAAAUAGCCUCGAUCUUCGAGGAUAAGGUUAACUAUAGUCUCAAGCUGUUCGCCGAUGAUGCGACCACCACGAUCCUGGAAUACCAGACGGCCAAUCUCAGUCAACUGCAUGCCACACCGCCUGGUAACUACACGCUCCAUCAAAUGGAACACCAAAUGGCCACAGAUGAUGAGGAUCAGGAGGAGGUGGAGGAGGAUGAACGGGUUUAUUUAUACAACAUUGGCAGGCGUUUUCUGGCGAUUACGCAACCAUUCGAUUCCGCCAGAAAUCCGGAUGCCUCGUCGCUAUGUCGUCGCCAGAUGCAUCAGUUUCUGAACGCCUUGGACAACUUCGAUCUGUGGGCACUGAAGAUGCAUGAUGCCAGUGGGAAAUUGAACUCCGGAAUCUUGAAUGGCAAUAUCAAUCAACCCGGCGAUUUCGAUCAGUGCCUGGGCAUUCAGCAGCGGAUGAAGGAUCAGGAUUUGGAGCAGGAUCGGGAUGAGGACUCCAUUAUCCGUGGCCAGUAUUGCUUGGCCUACGCCCAACCAGUUCUGCCCCACAACUCGAAGCGAUUGCAGAGCUUCUUCAAGCUGAUUCAAUCCCACGGGCCUUUCAAAAGCGAGUUCAAUGACCCCGGUCACCGAGUGCCCCGGUACUCACUGAUCAACUGGGGUCUCUGCGUGCCCUCCGGCUGCUCGGCCCGCGAUGUGGAGUUCAGUGUGGCGGAGUUCCUGGCCAACCAGACCGCCGCCACGGGCAUCACCUUCAAUGUCCGCGUGGAGCCGCAGAUGUGCCAGGUGCGCGACCAGCGACCCUGGGACCGGAACACCACCUGGGCGGUCCGCUUCUUCGUCCUCGUGCUCUCAGUGGCGAUCCUGUCCACCAUCUACGAUCGAUCCACCAAGUCGCAGGCCAAGCAGAACGCCUGGCUCACGGCAUUUUCGCUGGACAAGAACCUGCGCUGGCUGUUCAGCACGAGCAGUGCUCCGGGGGACAUUGAGGCGGUCCAUGGCAUUCGGUUUCUGAACGCCAUCAUGCUGAUCUUCUCGCACAAGUCGAUGGCCAUGUUCUUCAAUCCGUACAACAACCGCACGGCCAUGUCGGAGAGUCUGGGCCAGCCGUGGACGGUGAUUGGACGGGCUGCCUCCCUGUACACGGAUCCCUUCCUGCUCUUCAGCGGAAUGCUCACUGCCUACUCCCUGUUCGGUCGCCUCAUGAAGCAGCAGCCCAUUAGGCUCAAGAACGAGUACAUCAGUCGGCUGAUGAGGAUUGUUCCGCCCCUGGCCGCCUUGAUCCUGUUCUGCACAUAUGUGCUGCCCCUGUGGGGCAGUGGACCACAGUGGAACCUCGUGGUGGGCCACCAUGCGGACAUCUGCAAGAAGAACUGGUGGCGCAACCUGCUCUUUAUCCACAACUACUUCGGCUUUAGCGAGAUGUGCUUGACGCACACGCACCAUCUGGGCAUCGACACGGAGCUCUUCGCAGUGGCUCCGCUCCUCAUCCUGGGACUCUGGCGGUGGCCACGACGGGGUCUCUUCACCCUGCUGCUCCUCUGCACCGUGGGAACGGCGGCUCGGUACUACACAACGAUUGUCAACCAGCUGUCCAACUACAUUUAUUUUGGCACCAAUAUCCAACGCCUGUUCCGCACCGCCGACUACAUGUACUCGUUCCCGCCCCACCGCUCCACGGUGUACAUCAUGGGCAUCCUGUUGGGCUAUGUGCUGCGCAAGUACCAGAACGCCAAGCUGAGCAGCCUGCAGCUGCGACUCGGAUGGCUGGUGGCCACCGCCUGUGUCCUGGCCUCGCUCCUGGGACCCGCACCCAUGGGGGACAUCAACUACGUGUACAACUCCACGCAUGCGGCCAUAUAUGCCGCCUUUGCGCCGAUCGCCUGGUGCCUGUUCUUCUCCUGGAUCGUCUUCGUCUCCCACAAUGGAUACACAAAUAAACUGACGAAGCUGUUCGCCUGGCGCGGUUUCCAGGUGUCCACGAAGCUAUCGUACGCCAUUUACCUGACGCAGUUCCCCGUGUUCUUCUUUAAUGUCGGCCGAAGGCGUCACAUUCACCAUUACUACAACUUUGUUUCGAUUAUUCUCGACACCAACGAAUUCAUAUCGAUCUUCCUGGCCUCCGUGGCCCUGACAGUGCUCUUCGAUGCGCCCUUCCAGAAUCUGAAGAAGCUGCUGAUCAAGCGACCCUCUGCGAAGGUGGCGAAAAAAGAUGAUGUUGCAGAUUCGAGAACGGAGUCCCAGGAUGCGACGACACUAGCCUCAGAGCCCAGCAGCACUGCCCUUAAGCCGCAUCCACACUCCGAUUAGUCUGCACACAACACAGUCUUUCUUAGCUAUAACUUGUAAAUGUCUUAGCAUUUAGUGGCAAUAUGUUUAGUAACCCCAGCGAUAUUCCCAAAUCCCGAAUCCCAAUUCCGUCCAUCCAACUCCUCCCCAAAAACGCCCUUAGUUUAAGUGGAACGCUUUAUACAUUGUAAAUUGUACUGUUAGUCAAAUCGAGCGACAAAUGAGAACCGAUUCGUAGUCAUAAACCAAUCAAUCACUGCUUGUUGUACGAUAUUAUCUUGCUUGCUAAACCGGGCUUCGAGAGGCAGUCACUGCUGACCCCAAUAAAAAUCAACUAUAUUGGGGUCCCAGCUGAGACUCUCGGAACCCAUGUUUCUUAGAAUACGUUACCUUAAGCGAGGUCGAAUGUCAGUUUUUUUUAAUGGUAAUUUAAAAAAUAAAUAACAAAUAAAUGUUUAAAAACCUUA